AUGGAUUCUCUGGACGAGCUGCCACAGAAUCUGCUGCGCCAUGCGUUCGCAGUCGCGGACAAGGAUAAGAACGGCUCCAUCUCGUUCCCGGAGUUUGUGACUUGGUUUUCCACGGUUGGAUUUAACACCAAUGUCACCCUUUCAGCCAAAGAGCGCGCCUUUCGCGAGUUCUGCUCUGAGAACGAGCUUAGCCUUGUUGACAUGGACAGGUAUAAAAAGUAUUUC